ACCUGAUCCAUAUGCAGAACCAUACAGAGAUCCGUACAGAAUAAGACCACCUCCACCUCCUAUUGAAUGUGAAAUAUUUGUUCUCAAUGGACAAUUGAGGACUUACGGUGAAAUUGUGGAGCGCAAAAUAAAGGAACACAAAAUCAUCACUGCCGUGUCGGUCAUCCCUGAAGGAAGGACACCCCAGCAGUUAGUAGAAGAAGUGACCACACAGAAUGCCCUGUUUGCCAUCUUCAUAAAUGUUCAGAAUGAGGUGCAUCGCUCCCUGACGGUCAACAUUUUGCAUGGCACUCCACAAGAGCACAGAAACAUGCCCCUUGAGGAUGCAAUAUCACUGGUGGGACGCAGCUUUCUCAAGUACAUUGACGGUUUGCGCGAGAAAGUGCAGGCGCCACCUGUUGUGCCGACUCGAGUUUUUCUGCCGCCAUCCUCGGAGGUGAUUUAUCUUCUGAACUUGCUGGCUGACAGCCGGGCGGUGACUAUUCCUGAGCUCGACACAGUUAUCAAGUAUUUGCAGGAGCGGCGAGAAAAACUGAUCGAUGCCGAGAGCCGCCCAGUUAUUACAGAUGAUAAUUUUAUCAAGGGCCCACCAGUGCAGCGCUUAGAGAAUCCUCAGCCUCCUAGUCAAGACAAUCCUGUAGGUGCUUUAGCUGGGAGCAAAGAUCCUGCGGCAACACACCUGGAACUAACAAACAAGAUCUUGAGCCUGUUCACUGGGUCAGGCGGUGUACAAGGUGUUCCUCCUGCUAAUGGUACACAGCAGCAGCAGCAAGGGAAUUUGCCAAAGCAGCUUCCUUCGGGCACGCCAGCACCCGCUUCACAGCCGCAAGGGCAACCUGCUUCGAGUGCCAGCCUCAUCAACUUCGACAAUCCAAACGUGCAGAAGGCACUAGACAACCUCAUUCAGAACUCACCUAAUUUGCUGAAGAACUUUGGCACGAAAAUGUCAGCUCCUUCACCACAGAUUACGCCGGCCAAUUUGGCAGCCAGCAUGGGGGCUCUGUUUGGUCAUGGGCUUGGGGGGAUGCUGCCAGGACAGGCUGGAGGAAUGGGGCAGAAUAAUCAAGGGAUGGGUAACCUGCAGGGCGGUUAUGGAGGGCUUCAGGGGCAACUUGGUGCGCAGGGACAAGGAGCGCAGGGACAAGGUGCGCAGGGACAGGGGGCACCAGGGUCGUCUCAAAGUGUCUACAGUACAGGCAUAUCUGGACAAGGUAGAGGUUAUGCACCCCACUCACAGCAGAGGUUUUAG